ACAAACAGGAAGUACCUAACACGCCUGGGCAGUGCAGUUUCUGAUAAAGGCCUUUUCCGGUUCGUUCAACAGGGUGACGAACGUUGUGUCUGGUGCUUGUGUUAUCAAAUCUCGAACCAUCUUCCAUAAUGAGGCUUUACAAGGACAUUUUUACUGGUGAUGAGAUGUUCUCAGAUACGUUCAAAAUAAAGCUUGUUGAUGAAGUGUUAUAUGAAGUCUAUGGCAAGCUUAUAACAAGAAAGCAAGGUAAUGUCCAAAUAGAAGGAUUUAAUCCCUCUGCUGAAGAAGCUUCUGAGGGGGUAGAUGAAGCAGUAGAAAGUGGUGUUGAUGUUGUGUUGAACCAUAACCUUCAUGAAACAUAUGCCUUUGGAGACAAGAAGAGUUUUACAGCAUACCUGAAGGAAUACAUGAAAAAAUUAAUCCAGAAAUUGGAAGCGGAGAGCCCAGAUGAAGUUGGUGUUUUCAAAAUCAAUACAAAUAAAGUUAUGAAAGAUAUUUUGGGUAGAUUUAAGGAUCUUCAGUUUUUCACAGGUGAAUCCAUGGACAUUGAUGGAAUGGUUGCAAUGCUUGAGUACAGAGAUAUUGAUGGAGACAGUAUUCCUGUUUUAAUGUUUUUUAAACAUGGUCUAGAAGAAGAAAAGGUUUAGGCAAGGUUGAUACUGAACCUGAAUGGUUAAUGUGGAGUGUACACAAUCUAAAAUGCAAGGCCAUCAUGUCAUCUUUGGUCUGGAGAGUCAUCAUAUUAUGUUUUCUUUAAUUAUAAUGUACAAACUUCUUUUGGUGAAAAGUUUUCUAAAGAACUGAAAUUGUUUGUAAAUACUGUGACAUCAUCUGUGCUUUUGUAUAUUUAUUUAUACUGGAAGAUGGUGGUGAGAGAUUUGAUUGCCUUGAAGUGGCUUGGAACAUAAAGAGGUCAUGAUCUUGCAAUAAACACUGCUUCAACAAUAGUUGGAAACCUGAUCAGAUUGUUGUUACUCAUGGAAUAAAACAUUUUUACAUUUA